AAUUGGUUGACAUAUUACUUGGACUUUUAAUUGAAAUCCCGGUUACGCAUCGAUUGCUCCUCUUUCUUAAUGACGAGUUGGUCUAAAUGGCCAUCUAUGAAAAAACAAUUUUGCACGUGUACAUGGUUAUUUUUCCUAGCUCUCUCGUAUCGGUCGAUUACACUCUUCCUUACGAACAAGACACAUCUAAUUGGCUCGUUUCCUGGAUUGCACCACGAUUGCAGAACCCCUCGGUAAUAAAGUCUUUCGAGUAAAAAGUGGAACCGAUCCUUGUCCACCUGAUCUUCAAAAUAAAAUAUUUCCCAUCGAGACAGACAAAUUCUCACGAGACACCUUUCACUAGUUUCCGUGAAAUUUUGCAAAAACUAGCGCUGAGAUUCUUUUAUAUCGGCUCUAUUCGUUUCUAGGUACGAAUUACAAUUGGUCGAAUGCCUGCACGCAUCAACGAGCAUCCUUUCGCUCGAUAAAAGACGCAGUGAAAUCAUACGUUAACGAGUAUCGUCUAACUAACGAUUCAUCAUCGAUAAAAAUGGACGAAGUAGUAAUUUAAUGGUUCGCGGCGUGCUUUUCCCAAUUCGGCGCGUCGAACGCUGCUCGGAAUUUAAAGUUUCCCGUCGGAUAUCGGUGGUCAGUUAUGGAAGCGCUAAGUGUCGUAAAAAGUUGUGACUGGAUAUUAUAUAGUGGGCAUUUCAUGAAACGUAAACGUUACUUCACAGAUGUAUUCGAGUGUACAAAAUAUAGAUUGCUAUUUAAAACAUUACACGUUCAUGAUCUACAUAUAUCAACAUCAAUCUGUUUACCUGAUUUAUUUACCUGUCCAUUUAAUACCUGAAAACCCCUUUAGAUUAGGACACCCUAAUAAAUAAGUUUCCUUUUUUCUAUUUUCUUCUAAAUUCAAUAAAACACAUAUUCUCCGUCAAAUUUAUAAAGCAGCACUCAUAAAAAUCAAUAUAAAAACAAAAUAUAAAAAUCCAAAAAUUCCAAAUAAAUCAUCAAAACCAAUCUAUUUACCAUAUGUAUUUAUCUACCCACCUAAUACCUAAAAAUUGUCUUUGUAGACCAGAUUCCCUUAAAUCUCUUGACAAAUUUCUUUCACAUUUCUAAAUUUCCCAGUAAAACAUCUCCCUACCAAAUUUUUAGAACAGCACACAUAAAAACCAAUGAACAUCAAAAUAUAAAAAUCACAAAUUUCAAAAUAUGCCCUAAUCACCUACCUAUUCCUACCCAACAGAUUCUCCCGGCCAAAUUUUUAGAACAACAUACAUAAAAAUCAGUAAACAUCAAAAUAUAAAAAUCCAAAAAUUCCAAAUGUACCCUAAUCUAUUCCUUCCCAUAAUAUUCUCCCUGCACAAUUUUACAACACAAACAGAAACCAAUGAACACCAAAACAUAAAAAUCCAAAAAUUCCAAAUACACCCAAACCACUUAUUCCUUCCCAACAGAUUCUCCCUGCCAAAUUAUUAGAACAACGCGUACAAAAACCAAUCGACACCAAAAUAUAAACUUCCAAAAAUAUAAAAUAUCCCCUUAACCCCUCCUAUCCUAAUCAUUUAUUCCUUCCCAACAGAUUUUCAACCACCCUGUACGACAAAUACCAAAAGUGCCUCAAGAAGCGCGAUCGUUGACGGGUCCUAGUUCGUUAUAACUUAUAACUUAUAAGACCGAGCAGUCGUCUCGCCUAAUUACGUCUCCGCAGCCGCGUUUCCAACGAAACCGGGACGUGGGGCCAUUGUGUGUGCCCCGCGAAACGGUUCCCCAUUCCGAAUCGUGCGGUUUCGUUCCCGCGCUGCGUCACCGUGCCGCUUCAGUUGUCGCAAAUGAACGGCCGGGUCUGUGCAAUUGCGGUGAAACUCGGCAUUUCUUUCCGAUGUUAUGUAAAAAUUCAUCCCCGCCAUCGCUGGUUUUGUCCGACGGCGUUCGAGACGGGACACUCGACGAACAGUGGCCGCGGAACGCCGCGGUACAAAACAGCCGCGCGUCUGGACACCGCGAAAGUUCGCCGCGCGAUGGAGGGACACCCCGAACGGUUAUCGAUCCUCGGUGCUUGAUCAUUAAACGCAGAAUGUGUCCACGAUAGUGCGCCAAGCAUGAGAAAAGUGUAACUCGUUGUGCUCCCAAAGUGCUUGGAUCCAUCGACGAUGAAACUUAGGACAUUCCGCGUCCUGUGUUACCUGUGCGUGCUCUGCGCGCUGUGCGGGGCCUAUGGAGAGCCUGACACGAAGAAUCGCUCCUAUUUGAACUCUUCCGAGUCCGAUGAGCCUCAAGAGCCGAGGGUUGUCUCAAAUUCGACCAGCCCGAGGGAUAAACGGGCGCUAGGUUUGAUACUCUCAGGUUUGGCCCAGGUGUUUGGGUACAACGUGAGCUCCGUCCAGUUGGCGACCUUGCCUAACCCUGAAGCCGACGAAGAGGCGAGACAAUCCCCUAACCCUGUGCCUCCUUCGUCUACGACUUCGACUCCAGCCACUCCUAAGCAAAGGGAGACCAUCAGAUUCACAGGAGUCCUCAACUUCGGCAACAGCACGAGCCUCCUCAACCGCCUGCAGGAGUACGAGAACAUCUUCCACGGGGGUAGCAGCGUUUCGACCCCUGCGAUGAACGCGACAACGCCGUCGUCGACGCCUGCUCCUUCAAAAAACGUCCCUGCGCAACCAUUGCCUCCCCUCCUGGUGAACAUACCCCUGCCCACGAUAUCGCAGGCGCCUCUGCCGACGAUACCCCAGUCGCCUCUGCCUGAGAUUCCGCCGCAGGACAUCAAACUGUCCUACCCUGAACCCAUCGUCAUCGUUCGCCAGGAGGUCACCAGGAACCAGACCACGGAGAAGCCCAUGGUGCAAAUGAAGAAUAAUGCGACCGCUACGUCCCCGCCCCUACCGGCUGUCUACGUUCCCACGGACUCUAUUCGUCUGCACGACCCACACUGGAGGAACGAGUACGAGUACAGACUCGCUGAACUAGAGCGCAAACAGGAGGAGCAAGCCGAAAGGCUGAGGCAGCAGGAGAGGUACAGAAAUCUCAUGAAGGACAACAAGGAAGAAGAUCCCAGAUGCAAGAAUAAAGAGAAACCUAAUCAGAACGCUGAGUAUUCAGCUGAGGACUCCAGAGAAGACUCCAGGGAAAGUUACGAGAGUCCAGAGAAGACUCGGGAGUAUUCUAGACCACCGACUAAAGACUCGCGGGAGAGCGAGGAAUACAGCCACGACGACAACAAGCCCUACAAGCAGGAGGAAGAUUUACCUAUUGAUAGCUACUCCAACGUGGGAAACAACGAGCCGCUGCCGAUCAGCGUCGACGACGAGCAACGACGACCCGAGGAGCUGCGCAACAGCUACGGGCAACUGUUGAACAGUCACGAGCUGCCCAAUGGAUUCGCCAGCUACUUCGGGAAGCUCAAGCAGUCGAUAAGCGAUUUCUACAACGCCCCGGAACCUCCUGCUUCCGACGAAGCCUCGAAAGAGCGAGAGGACUCCUCGGAGCGUUAUAAAGAAGACGAAAACGAAAGCAGCGAGACACCGAGGGAAGAGAACGAUCCUCCCACGACCAAGUACGAAGAAUACAGUUUAGAGGAAGAGACCGACGAGACGAGCAAGGAGAAUUCUCAGGAAGACAGUUCUGAAAGGAAGUACUCCAAUAGGAUUCCACCUGAGAGCGAGGACCUCGAACGAAAGUCAGAGGAGCAAGUGGAUUACAGCAAGUACAUGCCCCUGGCGGUGCCUGUUAGGUACCUCGCUGCCCCUGAAGAGUCGAAAAGGGCGAGAUCGAGAACCUCGGGGGCGGAGAAGUCGAGGAAGGUCGACAACGUGCCCGCCAGAGAGGCCAGCAAGAGGAUCGUGGUGAAAGAAGCGAGGAGGCCUAAGAAGGAGAACCUAAAACCCAAGAUAGGCAUCCCUGAACGACGAUUGCUGAAGAAGCUCCACGAGGGCGAGCAGAAGGAGCUGCAGGUAUGGCCAGCGCCGUUCGACUUCGUUCUUGAUAGCACCAUUCAAACUGAAGUCACUGCUAAGUCUAAUCGAGGGAAUGUGAAACAUAAUAGGAAGCUUAAUAAGGGGAAUGAGAAAACUGAAAAGACCAACAACGACCGUCCCGAAGACGCCGACUAUCGAAGGUCUAAGGAUGGCUCUUUAUCCGGAACGGUUCCUUCGAGGCAAAGGACGCCUAGGAUGCAGACGAAUCUGAAUCAAGGGAAUUCGAGUCGCAAACGCUCCCAAACCGAGGAUGUUAAGCUACUUUCUCAAGGAAAAGAGGCACCGAAUCUUUUGGAGCGUUACGAAUACAACUCGAAUGGUUAUUAUAGGAAACGACCGGUGCAAUCUAUUCAACAACUGCCUGGUUCAACGUUCUCCAAGAGGAUUGAAUCCCUGAAGCGCAGCACGGACACUGCUGGACCCAGUGGAUACUCCUAUAGGCAAAUGCAGCCUGCGAGGGAGCUGGAUGAUAAAAGUCAGGUUGAUCUUCGACUUGCCAAGCAGAGAGUGUCCACGAUGACCUUCGAUGGUCCUCUGAGUGACCGCAAUGAACAUUACUAUAUCCAGAAGCAGCCUGAAAGCAAGGUGGAUAAUCAAAAUCAGAAUGCACGAGAUUUUCAACUAACUAAACAGGAAGUAUCAACGAUGACCUUUAAAGGUCCUCUGGAUGACCAGAGUGGAUAUUACUAUAGCCAGAAGCAACCUGCAAGCGAGGUGGAUAAUAAAAAUCAGGAUACACGAGAUUUUCAACUAACCAAACAGAGUGUGCCUACGAUGAUCAUCCAUGGUCCUACGGGAGACCACGAUUUGUUCAGUUUCAGGAACGAUUAUGGUCUCGCUGGUGAAGGGAAAAGUCUGAAAUCAAGUGGAAUGUUAGAGGAGAAGAAAAAGAUCGAGAACGAGGCAAUGGCUUCUUUAUCCUUACCGCAGUACAAGGUCUAUAGCUAUGGCGAAACUUUGACGAAAUUUGCCAAUGAACCGGAAAGCAGAAGCGAGAAAGUCGGUUAUUACGCGAACAGUGAGCCUGUUAUGCGAAUCUCGGGACAAAAACGGAUUGAUUCGAUCGGACCGAUCGAUUUCAUCGAUCUCGCCCACGUUUUGUAA